UAAUGGGGUACAGAUUCUAAACGAAGUGGAUUGAAUCAGCUCACAUUUGAACAUUGUGGACAAUAUGCUUUACAAGAGUUGAAGCAUGGAUUGUUGAAAUGUUACCAUUAAUGCUGUGUAACCUGUUCUGUCACUGCCAGACUGGAGUGAUUUUGAUAGUUGCAACACUUUCCAUUGUAACGUCAAGAUGCUGCUGAGGCUGAGGAAGUCCGUGCUACUGGUUCUGGUGGUGGUCGGGGUGGUCCCAGUCACUCUCAUGGUUUAUCUUGUUAUGUCUGAAGAUCCUUACAUGUCUGGUGAAGGCGGAGAGAUUGGAAAUUUAGAAACUAGACUGGCCGAGCGCAUCAGAAGUGUUGAGGAUCAGAAUCGGAUGUUACGCAAACAGCUGAGCAUGGCACAAAAUCAGGUCCUUCAUAUGCAGAUGAGUCUUGCUGCGCAGAAUGAUUCUAAACAUUACAAUUCUAGUGUACGCUGUGUGAAUGCCGAACCAGACAUCCCAAAAUGUGAGGUUAUUCAAGUUGCCAUAGUAUGUGCUGGUCACAACUCAACACGCGAUGUGGUGACCUUGAUUAAAAGUGUCUUGUUCUAUCGGCGAAAUCCUCUCCACUUCCAUUUCAUCUCAGAUUCCAUUGCUGAACUAAUUUUAAAGAAUCUCUUUGAUACAUGGAAUUUAGCAGGAGUGCAAGUUAGCUUCUACCCUGCAGAUAAUAUUGCACCCGAAGUAUCAUGGAUUCCAAACCGCCACUACUCUGGUGUCUAUGGUCUGAUGAAAUUAUCUCUGCCAAAAACUCUUCCUUCUAAUUUAGAAAAGGUGAUUGUGCUAGACACAGAUGUCACAUUUGCAACAGAUAUUGCUGAACUCUGGAAGAUUUUCAGAGUACUGAAAGGAAGACAGGCUAUUGGUCUUGUUGAAAAUCAAAGUGAUUGGUAUUUGGGAAAGCUGUGGAAAAAUCACAGGCCUUGGCCCGCACUCGGUAGAGGAUUUAACACUGGGGUAAUACUGCUUGAUUUGACUAUGCUAAAAACUAUGAACUGGAUGCAGAUGUGGAAGCUCAUAGCAGAGAAAGAGUUAAUGAGCAUGUUAGCAACAUCAUUAGCUGAUCAGGAUAUUUUUAAUGCUGUUUUGAAGCAACAUCCCUAUCUGGUGUAUCGUCUUCCUUGUCAGUGGAAUGUCCAGCUGAGUGAGAAUACGCGCAGUGAGCAGUGCUACAGUGAGGUGGCAGAUUUAAAGAUUAUUCACUGGAACUCUCCAUUGAAGCUUAAGGUGAAAAACAAACAUGUAGAGUUGUUUCGUAAUAUGUACCUUACAUUCCUUGAGUACGACGGCAAUUUGCUGAGACGGGAAUUAUUCGGCUGUGGCACGUCAAGUUCAGCUAAUGAUGUCCAAGAACAAAUCAGUUCAAUCAGUGAAGAUGACGAGUGCUACGACUUCCGCCGAGAGCGCGUUCUGGUUCACCGCACCCACCUGUUCUACCUGGACUACUCGCACCAGCCGUCAGAUGAUGAUGUCACGCUCGUCGCCCAGCUCAGCAUGGACCGGCUGCAGAUGCUGGAGAUGAUCUGUAAACACUGGCAGGGCCCCAUCAGCAUCUCACUGUACAUGUCCGACACCGAGGCCCAACAGUUCUUGCUAUACGCGCUCAGCUCGGAGACUCUCACCGCGAGGAGGAACGUUGGGUAUCACGUUGUGUACAAAGACGGGCAAUUUUAUCCCGUAAACUACUUGCGUAAUGUCGCCCUGCAGCAGGCACGGACCCCGUAUGUGUUCCUGUCAGACAUCGACUUCCUCCCCAUGUACGGGCUCUACGAGUACCUCAAGAAAGCAGCACCCAUGAUGGAGUUGUCAGUGCAGAAAAAGGCACUCAUAGUUCCAGCGUUUGAAACACAGCGGUACCGACUCAGCUAUCCCAAGUCCAAGACCGAACUGUUGUCCAUGUUAGACAUGGGAUCUCUGUUUACUUUCAGGUAUCAUGUGUGGCCAAAAGGACAUGCACCAACAAAUUUUGCUAAGUGGCGGACUGCCACUACACCAUAUGUUGUGAGCUGGGAGUCAGACUUUGAGCCGUACAUUGUGAUAAGAAAGGAUAUUCCCCAGUAUGACAAGCGCUUCAUGGGGUUCGGCUGGAACAAGGUCUCACACAUCAUGGAGCUCGAUGCCCAGGGGUACGAAUUUCUGGUUCUUCCUAAUGCUUUCAUCAUUCACAUGCCUCAUGCUCCGAGUUUUGACAUCGCCAAAUUCCGGUCGAGCUCAACAUACAGGAAGUGCCUUAAGAUACUAAAAGGUGAAUUUCAGAGAGACUUGUCUAAAAAAUAUGGCAUCAAGGCAUUGAAGUAUUUGUCAGUGGAGUGAAUGAACCCAUAAUACCAUUCAAGUAUUCAGGAACACCUGUGAGAUGUUAGUGCCAAAUACAGACUGGAUGUAAUAAGUGUUUUAAUUACCUGGUUAAAACACUUGGACAGCAUAAUGGAAGAACUAUUCCAUGAUGGUGAAGACAGUCCAACUAGUCAAAGAAAGAAGUGUAAAUGUUGCCACUGGGCAAAACGUAUGACAGGUCUAUGCAGGUUAGAGGGACUAUCCUGAGUUUUCAGCCCUACAGGACUUUCAUAAACACACAUACUGCUUUUUUUAAAACACUUCUUCAUCUGCAAUCCCAAAGCCAUACUCAGACUUUCAGUCCUGUUCUCACCAGGAAGUCUGCUGUCUGUUGCUACUGGUCCCUUUUAAAACACUGUUUUACCAUAACAUGUUUUAAAUAUAAAGCUUUAUAGAGAUAAAUACUUUUGGAAUAAUCUUUGACCAAAUUUAUAAUAUUGAAAUACUACAAACCAUUACAAUGUCCAAAAAUGUGUUGGUUAUGGAGAAAAUCACAUUCUAAGCAAGAAAAAAAUGUAAACGAAUUGUAAUUUUAAUAAAAUAAAUGUAAAAGUAUUUUAUUUGCUGAAAACCUUUUCAAAUGGCUGGAAACUCUGAUAGUCCCUUUAAGAGAUAAGGCAGCAGUAUGACAUGCAGUGUAUUGUUUUAUACUGGGUGCUGAAUGUGGUUGGAGCAUGUUGAAAAACAUGUUCAGAGUGUUACGAGAUUGUUGAAACUGCAGGUGGACUGAUUUCCUGAUGCGAUGGUGAGUUGUAUCAGGAGAUUGUGUGUCAAUAGUUGUUUACAGAUGGACGUAUCAUGAUGUAUAGAAGUCUGUUAUUGGUUCAAAUUAUUGCCAAAGCCUUUCCAAAUUGACUCUGAUCAUCAGGGCCCAUAUUAUCGAAGCAUUCUUAGUGCUACGAAAUCAUAAAAACAUUGUAGGCUAUGACGUCACUACAACACACACCAUAGUGAUGUCAUAGCUUACGAUGGUUUAACGAUUUUGUAGUGCUGAGAUAUCUUUUAUCCCGUAACUUGUAUUAUGACAUGGAUUUGAAUAAUAUGCAACAUACUCAGGAUGAUCAAACAGCUUUUCAUCUUCUUCCAGUUCAACUGAUAGAUGGGAAACAGACUGCUAGUCCAAUUACUUAUAGAAUCAUGUCCAACAAGCUGUGUAGGCUGUAACAUAUCAAAGUGUAGUAUUACUGGUGUGUUAGAGAUUGCAUACAAACACAAAACCUAGCAGCAACAAACAGAUUUUAAUGCAAAGACAAAAUGUAACAGUAACAAGCUAAUAUUGACCAGCAUACCACAAUGGAUAUGAAAAACUAAACAAAAAAACACAUGCACACACACGCACACAUUGACACACGUACACAGUGUACAUGUAUGUUCACUUUGUGUGAACUGUUGUAAAAUGAACAUCCCAGGGCUCGAACUUAAGAACUGAUCUCCUACGGCUAUAUUAAAAAGAAUUGCUGUGGUCAAAAAGGCCCACCGAUGGCAAUUUUGAGCCUGCCUAUGGCAAUUAUUUUUUUAAGUGACUUCUGCAGCAAAUAAACUUAACUGAAAGUUUAUUUUACUGUAUGAAGACAUAUUUCAAAUGUGCAAAUAUUAAAUACUGAUGGAUAAUGUACACCAGGUGUGUACAUCUUGCCAUUGUUGAGGAGCUUUACCAACGGCACAAAAGUACCAUCAGUGAUGCUCCCUGCCUUCAGCAAUUUAUAUCUCAAUGAUGGCAAUUGCCGUUGGUGCCGUUGUUAAGUUCGAGCCCUGACCUCCCAUUUAUUAUGAAUUGUCGCUGUUUGGAGAUUAUUAAUUUGUUGGCCGUUUUAAAAAGAGUGCAAUCAUGUACCAAGAUGGUGCUUUUAUACUUUGAUUUAAUUAUAGUGAGAUGGUUUGUAUGAAAGUCUGUAUACAUGACUUGUAUACAUUUAAUUUGUAUUUGGUAAUUUAAAAAAAACAAAUGGACAGUGCUUUGAUACUUUUGAUUUAAUUAUAGUGAUAUGGUUUGUAUGAAAGUCUGCAUACAUGUACAUGACUUGUAUACAGUUAAAUUGUAUUUGGUAAUUUUAAAAAACAAAUGAAUUCAUUUUCAUUAUAGAUUGUUAUUGUCUUCUCAACGAUAUAAUGCAAAUUACCUAUCUUGUUGUACGAUAUAUACUUUGUAAUGCUUUGAUGUUUUAAUGCUAGUCUAAAGCACUUUAGUGGUUUAAUUUGACAGAAACUUUAUGAACACAUCCAUGAAUGAAAUGUAUGCAGAUUUUCUUCUCCCUAAAGUCUUGAUUCAGUAGAUUGAAAAAUGAAAAGUUUUUUUGGGUCUGUUUGUCUGCAUUUGAAGUACAUGUGUAUCAUACAUGACAUUAAUUACUUUCUGCUGAUUGUGUCCUAUUCUUGGCAGCUAGUAUUACUUUUACAUAAACGUUUAAAAGAUAUGUUUGCAAAAUUGAUUGCAGUGUAUUGUUAAAAAACAUUCCAAAAAUGCGUUCACUGUAUUGGUUAUUGUAAUGAAAAAAUAUAACUGCAAAAACGAUAGUGAUAAGCUUGAAUAAUUUGACAGAUUAACUUUAGUUGUUUGUUCAUGUAAUUUGAUACGCUUUUUUGUUGCUGUCAUGUAGUAAAUUUGCUUGACGAUCAAGUUUUGUGUAAAUGUCAGUGAUUGUUAUUUAACAUAUUAUAUACAAGAAUGGCAAUGUCAAUCACAGCAAGUGCAUUUUCCACAGUACAAAAAAAUGUCAGCUGUCUUUAUUUUGCAUGGCUUAUUAUAUGAACUAUAUCUCAAAGUAUACCAUCGACUUGUGUCCCAGAUCAGGGCCAAGUUUCACAA